CGGGGCCCGGCGGAGGGUCGGCGCGGGCUCCGCGUUCCCGGGAGGCGGGUGUGGACGGCCGCUGAGCGCGCCUGGAGGCGGUUGCUUUUGCGCGGAGCUCUCUCCCCCGCGGGGCCGCCAUCGGCAUGGCCCGAGGAAACCAGCGAGAACUCGCCCGCCAGAAAAACAUGAAGAAAUCCCAGGAAAUUAGCAAGGGAAAAAGAAAAGAAGAUAGCUUGACCACCUCUCAGAGAAAGCAGAGGGACUCUGAGAUAAUGCAACAAAAGCAGAAGGCAGCUAAUGAGAAGAAGUCUAUGCAGACACGAGAAAAAUGAUGACUAUGGAAAAACCUGGGUGCUACUGCCAACUAGGUGUAUCAUAGGCUCUAAGGUCAAAAUUUUGUGAAGCGAACAAUCAUAUGUUAUAUCCUUACAAAACUAUUUUAGACUUUACCUUUCAGCCUUAGUGUAAUGUUUCAUAACCAUUCUUCAAAUAAUAAAACACUAACUGUGCAUGUGA